AACACUUAGAGGGGAUGAUGGAGAAUACACUUCUCUUGUCCAACCUCUGUGAAGCAGUGACGUGGAAAGACAUUUUCAAUACUUUCGGAUGUCGGUUGCCAGAUUUGCCGACUUGCCCCAUACAUCUCGCGCGAGAGAACUCACAGCUUGCCUGUAAGUGCUGCAGAAAGGCUGUCUGUGACCCUUUGGUGGUUUUAGCGAGUGGCAGAACACAGAAAAGUGUCGCAGAGUUAGGAAUCUCAACAGUUUGUGCCAUCAUCAUGGAAGUGUGCCACACUAUCUGGCAUGUCCCGAAGGAAGAUUUUGUUGCUUAAUGGGCCGAAAUCGCCAGAGGUUCAGAGGACUGCUGGAAUUAUCCGUUUUGUGCAUGAGCUGUCUACAGAAAACAUGUUCAGAUCCGGCAAGCUCGGGCAGCGAUAACUACAACUAAGUUGGAUUUUUCUCAAUGAUCCUGAUGGCAGUCUGCGACGCAAGGUACCGACCAAAUCCAGGUUCUUCUGGCCUUGAUGACACCAAGAAGAUCUACAACUAUUGCCACUCAGGAGCCAGAAUCAUUUCAAAGAACUGCUUUGGGAUCCUUGCUGCCAGAUGGAGGAUUGUGAGAUGAGCCCUUGAGGUUGCCCCAGAGAAAGCUGAGACCAUUGCGAAGGCGUGUGUCGCCUUCCACAACUACCUUUGCAUCACAGUCACUGACAACACAACACAGAUUCAUCAACACGGUUGGAGCACGCCAGGCAUGAGUGGUGCACACCUAGGCGAGUGGCAGAGGAGGUCCUUUGACAUUUCAUCUGGCACCUGCGCACCUGAGCAGACGGCAGACGCCUAUCGGGCACACAUCCUCGCCAUUCAAUAUGCAUGGGCGAGCUCCCAGCUCUCUCAGGCUGGCACGGCCAGCCUGCUCAGGACUUACUCUGAGCGCUAUGCCGCAGUGCUGGACUCGGACGACCCUCGCACGGGGCUUAACAACUAUGCAGAGAGCGCACUGCACCUGGCCCGCAGUCAGAGGAACCACAGCGACAAAUGGGAGUCGUCCCUGACAACUGCAAAUGUGCUGGAGCUGCCGUGCGUGCAGAAGAUGAUUCAGGCUGGGACAAGGGGUGGAAAGUCCCUGGUGACACCUGCAGAUGUUAACGUCACUGUUGGACAAGAGAGCAGAGGUAGCUCCCUGCCUGUUUCCUCCACUGGACUCAGAGCUGCAGAGCCUCCAUUCAACCCCCUGGGACCCACAUCAUGGCCCAAGGCUGCGGGCAACAGCACUUUCAGCAAUUUACAGAGUAUUACUGCAGAGAGACCAAGAGGCCCUGAGGGAUUCCCCAGCCACCCCAAUUCCUCUGCUGGCCCCUCAGGAAGUGCUCAGUCUCUGUUUGGCCAGCACUCCUCAGCUCCACCACAUCCAGGCCCUGAAGCGAACCAGUCUGUCUUCUUCAACACUAACCACUCCAAGAGGAAGACAUUCUAUAACUCCUGUGGAGAGAGUGGCAGAGGGGGGGCAUCUAGAGGGCAAGACCCACGUGGUGGUGGCACUAACUUCAAAACUGCAAGGGAGCAGUUUAUUGUUGAUCAGCAGAAAAAGCACUCCCACCAGCCCCAGAGAGCUCAGCAGCCCCCUGGGACGGUGGUUGCCAUGGGGAAUGCCACGAAGAAGUCACUGGGGGCCAACAGGCCACGGGGGACAUUUUCCAAAUUUGUGUCCCCAAUGCCAAGGCAGGAGGACAAGGAGGGUGGGGUCGGUAGCAACAAUGCCCAGGAGACUCAGCCAGUAGACGAGCGUCUGAAAAACUUUGAGCCAAAGAUCAUCGAGCUGAUCAUGAGUGAAAUUAUGGACCACGGGCCGCCCGUAGCCUGGGAUGACAUUGCUGGCCUGGAGUUUGCCAAAGCCACCAUCAAGGAGAUUGUUGUGUGGCCUAUGCUCCGUCCUGACAUCUUCACUGGCCUCCGUGGUCCACCCAAAGGCAUCCUCCUAUUUGGGCCCCCGGGGACAGGAAAAACUCUGAUUGGGAAGUGCAUCGCUUGCCAGUCAGGCGCCACCUUCUUCAGCAUCAGCGCCUCCUCUCUCACCUCAAAGUGGGUGGGGGAGGGAGAGAAAAUGGUGAGAGCACUCUUCGCCAUUGCCCGCUGCAACCAGCCAGCAGUCAUCUUCAUCGACGAGAUAGACUCUCUGCUGUCCCAGCGUACGGACGGGGAGCACGAGUCAUCCCGGCGGAUAAAGACUGAGUUCCUGGUUCAGCUGGACGGGGCGGCCACCUCAGCCGACGACCGCAUCCUGGUGGUGGGGGCCACCAACCGCCCUCAGGAGAUAGACGAGGCGGCUCGGCGCCGCCUUGCCAAACGCCUAUACAUCCCCCUUCCCGAGGCAGCCGCAAGACGGCAGAUAGUCUCUAACCUCAUGGCCUGCGAGAAAAGCCAGCUGGAAGAGGAAGAGCUGGAGAACGUGGUCACAGGGACGGAGGGCUUUUCCGGGGCCGAUAUGACAGGACUGUGCCGGGAGGCAGCGCUAGGCCCCAUCCGGAGCAUCCAGCUCAGUGACAUUGCCACCAUCACCCCGGACCAGGUACGGCCCAUCCACCACUGUGACUUCCAGGAGGCCCUGAGGAUCGUGAGGCCCAGCGUCUCAGCCAAAGACCUGGAGCUCUAUGAGGAGUGGAACAAUACUUUUGGUUGUGGUCGUUGAUCAGGGAAGCGGUAUGGACUCACAUUACACAUAUUAGCCUAUAUUUGCUAUUUACUGCUGUUGGGGAUUUAUUUAGUUUAUGUUGAGUAAAUAAAAUUGCAUUUUAGAUUUCCCGCAACAGACUCCACCAUAAAAUGAGACUAUUUUAAUAAUCUGUCUCAAUGUUAACUUGAUUUUUCAUUUACUAAUCCAUGGCAAAAUGUUUAUUUCCAAAUAUAGGCUAUUUGUUUUUCUACACUGUUGAUUCACUAAAUAAGAUGUUGGUGUAAGUAAUAUGUUCCUAAUAAAUUUGCUAAAUGUUUUCUA